GGUUCGGAAAGUGGAGGUUCUUACACCGGUUUUUAUCCGCAAGAUCAUGUUGUGUGCGGCCUAAUUGUGGGUCGGUUCGGUGGUGAUGGAGAAGCUAGAGAUGAACGGCCUACACGCAUCUCCGGGAGCCUCUGGUGUGCCGGCAGGUGUGAAGGAGGAGCAGCAGCUGUGGAGCUCCGGUCUGGACCAGGACGAGUCAAAACAUCCGCACGUCAAACAGGAAGAGGAGGAGGAAGACGUUUCCCAGCUUCCUUUCAAUGUUGUUGUGAAGAGCGAGGAUGAAGCUCAGUCCUCACAGAUGGCCAGUCAAACCAGCCACUCGACGCGCAGGAAAGCAGAUGGAGACGAUGGUGGCGGAACGGAACCAAGCAAAAACUUGGUUUCAGAUCUGCAGCCUGAGCACCAGAGGUCGCUCUCCUCUGACUCGCACACCGAUGACUGCGAGGACUGGAAGGACGCCAGGAGCACCAAUUCAGGAUCAAACUCGGAGAAGAGUGAUGGUAAGAAGGCGUCAUCCUGGAGCGUGCUGCCUGAUGGGAGCUACAUCUUGGCGCCGGUCGGUGUGUGUGUCGGUGAGGGGGGCGGGUACCAGACCGUGCUGGCCAUGACAAUGUUGGACACUCGACACUCAGGACUGGCACCAAAUUCAGUACGAUCUCUCCUUCAGUAUCCGUUUGAGAGGAGAAGUUUGGUGGAAAAACUGGAGGUGAAAGAACUGGGCCCGGAGCAGUCCGACAUCAAGAUCAACCAGCAAGCCAGCGAGAGAGGAAAACUCUACACGCGAGGCUUCUCCAAGAACUGGUACAGCAAGAAGGCGUGGCUCGCCGGCUGCAGCCACGCCAACGCUCUCUUCUGCUUUCCAUGUUUGCUUUUUAAGACGUCAGGGACAGACACCGCGUGGACGGUCACAGGAGUCCGAGACAUGAAGCAUCUGUCUGAGAGGAUAAAGAAACACGACGGCACCAGGGCUCACAUGGUGAACACAGUCAAGCUGGCCCUGCUGGGCAGUGCCAGCAUUGCCACCCAGCUGGACGAGCGACACAGGAUCGGUGUGAAGAAGCACAACGAAGAGGUGGAGAAGAACCGCCGGACUUUGUCAAAGAUAAUUGACUGCAUGAAAUUCUGCGGUGCUUUUGAGCUGGCUUUGCACGGACCAAGAGAGACAGAGUCACCUGAUGGCCCCAGCGUUUUCAGGGCCCUGGUGGACCUGGUGUCCUCGCUGGAGGCUGGGUUGGAGGACCACCUGGGGACCUCCAGUGUCUUCGGAGGCACGUCCGAGGCCAUGCAGAAUGAGCUGUUGGACUGCAUGCUGACGGUGCUCCAAAACCACGUCCUGGAGGAGGUGAAACAUGCCGACUAUCUCGCAAUUCAGGUGGAGGAGGCCGCGGACGUUUCCGUGGGCUGCCACCUGGUGCUUGUUCUGCGAUACAUCGACGCGCGCCACAAUGUCCAAGAGCGCUUCUUCGACUUCAUCCCUCUUCACAAUCCUACUGCGGCCACUGCAGCCACGGCGCUGCUGGAGAGGCUGAGUUCGAUCCUCCCUGUCCACCAGCAGAGCAAGCUGAUCGCUCAGGCCUACGACGGUGCAGCAGUGAUGCAGGGAGCGGCAGGUGGAGUGCAGCUCCAGGUCAAGCAGGUGUACACGGGCGCGCACUACAUCCACUGCUACGCCCAUCAGCUCACCCUCAUCAUGCAGCAGGUAACGUCACACAUCCCCCGGAUCGGUGCCUUCUUCUCGGACCUCGGUGGAUUUGCUGACUUCUUCUCGCGCUCCUUCACUAGAACUUCAGUGCUUGAUCAGGUGGUCACAGAAAGAAUUCCAGGAGCUCCGGCUACAAGUUGGAACUUCCACAAUCGUGGUGUUUGCACCGUGUACGAGCACAAGGAUGAACUGCUGCGCUGUUUCGCCCUCAUCAGAGACUCCAGAACCUUUGACCCGCCGACUGUCAGAGAAGCCGGGAGCUUGAUGAGGCUGCUCGGGGAUGAGGACUUCACCUUCUCAUUGUCCUUGUUUCACAAGAUCAUGCCACACGCAGAGACGCUGUUCAACCAGCUGCAGAUCAGGAGCGUGGACUCUGGCCAUAUCAGCAGAGUAAUCUGCAGGUUCACGGAGAGCUUGGAGCAGAUCAGGGACUCCAUUCCCUCUCUGUGUGAGGAGCACAGUGGUUCAGAGCAGCAGCUCACGAAGGGACGGAGGACGUUAGGACGAGAGGAGCGGCAGCAGUUGGCCUCCGAGGUAUGCGAGUCCAUCCUGAGUCAUGUAAGAGAGCGGUUCGGCUUCACCAAGCACCUCAUCAGUGCCACACUCUUGCAAGGAGACUUGUUUGUGCAGCACAGUGCUCAGUUCCCGGAUGCAGCUCUGGAAACUACAAUGGAGGCUUACUCCAUGUUGAACAAGGCCAAGCUUAAAACAGAGCUGUCGCUCAUCUACGAGAAUGUGGAGUUUAAGGCCUGCAGCGGGGCGCUGCCCCUCUUCCGCUUCUUCAUGGAGAACCACCUCCAGGGCACGUUCAGCGAGACUGUCAGUCUGCUGAGGAUACUCAUCACCACCCCCAUGACGACAGCAGAAGCAGACCGGUGUUUCCCCACUUCGAGGAGGAUCAAGACCUUCCUGAGAAAUGCCACAACCCGGGACCGCCUGAGAGCUCGGGCCAUGCUCUGCAUGGAGAAACAGCUGGUCAGGCAAAUCCCCGACUUCAACAACCGGGUCAUCGAGAGCUUCGCCAGCCAGAAGGACAGACGAGAGGAAUUCCUGUAUAAGUGAGCACGACUUCACUUGAGCCUUUCAGUGCCAUCAACUUGGACGUCAUAGCCACAUGUUGGGUCCCUACCUUGUACUAGAACAAGGUGGCAGAAAUGACAAGAUGUAAAACAUGUUGCCCGAGAAACCAGUCUGUUUACUACGCAGUUUGAAAAUGGGACACAUUUGGGUGUGAUGAAGACAACAGCAACGAUGAUGGUACUUCUGCAGCCCUGAGGUUCUCCCAGACAUCGCAGAUUUAGCUGGCCAAAAAGGAACCGCAGAACUCUCGAUCCUGUUCAAACUGCAGAGGGUGAAACCACUAGCUCUAAACUGAAAUCAACCUCUGUCAUUGCAUCGAUGUAAUGGUCUCUUUCUUCACUUUCGUAUCUCAGUAUUAAUACAACUUACUUCCGAGUACAUUCAGGUUCGGGGGAGAUCAAAGUGGCAGCAAAAGUCACUCAACAGUUCUUAUUGUUGUGCGUGAAUAGUACAAUCACAGGAAUUAAAAAAAAUAGGCAAAAAUGUCUCAACAAAAGGACGAGGACCAACUAGAUUAGAAAAAGGAAGCGGGUCCGACUGGUGUCAGUCCAGGAGACUGGCAUGGUCCUGCACCAGCAGCACGUCACUGUAGAAAUCAUGGUUCACAUGGGGACCUCGCCAUCGACUGGAUCUCUUCAGGAUCUUGUGAGGGCUGCACUCUUCCUCUGGUCCCUGAAGACCUGACCUGUGUUUUAGGUUGCCACACCUAUCCCCAAUCACUUCGACAGCAUCCAUCUUUUAUCUCAAAAUGAAGAUGAGCUAAUGCAGUUGAUUCAAAAGCAUUUUUUUAUUAAUUUAACAGAAAACCAAAAAUAUUUCCUCUGGGAUUUUUUUACUGUAAGCAAUAUAAACGAUUGACAUUGUUUUUGACUGACAACUCUCAGCAUAAAUUGCUGAUCGUUUUCAUCCAUCCCACCCAACAUAUCUCACUUUAGAACUAACCGUCUCCCCUUUAUCACCAAAUAUACCUUUCGUCCACUCGUUUUUAACUCCCACGAGGCUCUGACGCCGCGCUCUGAUGCCUGCACUAUUUCCGGUUUCACAUAAACAAACGUCUGUCUUUUCGAAAUAAAACCCACCGCAUUUAUAAUUCUAAAUAAAUAUAGUAAUUGAUAAAUCUCAAGUACGAUAAUAGGUUAACCGAUUUUCAGAAGGGUCACAUUAAUUUUGUUCUAAUAAAUCGUCCAUGAAUCCUCGGUUGCGGUUCCACUGUGACGGGAUCAGAGAGAGCAGAACCAUUGCUCCAAUGACGCGGUCGGUCGCUAAAAGUGUAGCAUCAGCGGAAGUAUACACAGAAACGAGCCUCUGUGAGCACGAAGGCUGCUUUCUAAUCGUCUUCUGAUCAACACCUCGCCGGGUUUGACAGUCAUGUGGAACACCAUGAAACAGACAGUCUG